CAGUUUUGGGGUGAGUAACGAGUAAAUCUUUAACUUCUCUUUUCUAGAGGUGCCUAUGUGUACAUGGACAGGGGCAGCUCCUAAUAUCUACAGAGCAACAGAAAUGGUAGGAACACAAGAACUAACGUUACUGGAAACAUCUCACCCAUUAACAUAUGUAGUUAAUCAACCGGAAGUUUUAUUUUAAUUUUGGAGAACACGUUCAUCCAGUGGGCGACAUGGCGAUAGCAGCGCUGGAGUUGAUGGGUUACUUUUGUGGCCUCUUUGGCAUGCUUGGGACCUUUGUAGCCACUCUUCUGCCAUAUUGGGCAACGUCCGCACACGUUGGUCCCAACAUCGUGACGGCAGUAGUCAGCAUGAAAGGUCUAUGGAUGGAGUGUGUCCACCAGAGCACCGGAACCUUCCAGUGUGAGACCUACAACACGCUUCUGGGGCUCACCACUGAUCUACAAGCAGCCAGAGCCAUGAUGGUCAUCUCCUCCAUCUUUUCCGUCAUGGCCUGCGCGGUAUCCACUAUCGGCAUGCAGUGCACCAUCUGCAUAGAUGGCUCUUCAGUCAAGAGCAAGGUGGCUGGGGUAGGUGGUUCCCUUUUCCUCCUGGCAGGGCUCUUGUCGUUUAUCCCUGUGUCUUGGAAGACCCAUGAGGUGGUGCAGACCUUCUAUAUGCAGAACAUGCCAGCCAGUCUAAAGUUUGAGAUAGGUGACUGCCUAUAUGUGGGCUUGGCUUCUUCGCUCUUGUCCAUGCUCGGUGGAGGGCUGUUGAGUGCAUCCUGUUGUGACGAUUUGGACAGUAGCAGGGGAACCAGACGCCAUUACCCCUACCCUGACCGCACCGGACCGCGUGGACCGUCCCAUUUGAUACCCUACCAUCCAGCCACAAACCCCAACCUUGCCAACAAGAACCAGACCCUUAACAGCCUUACAAGCACUAGUACCCACUCCACUAUGCCAGCUCAGGAUUCCAGGAAAUCGGCUCGGCAGAACACAGCAGCCGGGUAUGACGUCACAGGCUACGUUUGAGGAUUUGUGUUAGUCGUUCUGUACCAUUUUUUCUAAAAGCACUUGGACUGUUGAAAGACUCUUAUAAUAGGCGAGAUGUUGGAUUAAGGUGCAAGAGGAAUGGACACACUGCCAGAGAAAGAGCAAAUGUGUUUGAUUGAAUAGAAUAUGAGGUGCUUUUGGUUUCUUUUGUCAACAGACAUUGCUGUUCUUUAAAAAAAAAUUUUUUUUGGGAAAGUUAAAAAAAUUCAAACUAAACAGCAAAAUGGCUUUCAAUAUGGAUCGACAGAAUCAUAUGUAAAUAUGCAAAGCUAAUAUUUGACAUUGACUUUUCAGCUGCCCUCUCAUAAUGCACCGUGUCAGUUAACCUUAAGUGCACUUAAACAUUUGAACUGUUUUUGUAUUCACACAUAGUAUUUUGCAAUGUUGUUGUAUUUUAUUACGGUUUUAUUAACAUUGUUUUCAUUUGUUAAUUACAGUAAUCUUUAUUUUGUUAUUGAAUUUCUAUGUACUCAGUUUGAGCACUAAAUGAUCAUAUUCACUUUCUA